AUGAUGGAGCCGACGGACGUUGACGAGCUGCUGCGUGAUGAUCUCAGGACCCUCCUAUCAGAGGGCAUGGCGUUCAGCGACACAGUUUUGCAUGGCCAAGACGGCCACGUGAACGUGCACAUGGCUUUCCUUCAAGUCCGCUGUCCUGCACUUGCAGAGAGAGCGCGGCGGUUGCCUAGCGGAUUUGCCAUCAACAUGCCGGAGACAGCCGUGGGGGCUUUGAGGACUUUUGUGGUCUAUCUCUACACAGACCGUGUAACAGAAGAGAGCAGUGAUGUCGACCAGACUUUUGCAUUGUUGCAGGUGGCCCAGGGUUUGUACCUGUCAGACAAGAGUUGCUCAGCUUCCUGUAAAAGGAGACGAGUAGACACGGGCAGCUGCGCCAUGAGGCGAUUGUCUGCAUUGUGCGAGCAACGUAUUCGUGACUUGCUGACAUCGUCGACCGUAGUUGAAAUUCUCCUUCGUUCAGUGCGACUUGGCUCCUCAUCCUUGGAGAAUUACGUCUAUGAGUAUUUGGCACACACACUGCCUGCACAUACAAAAGACUUGAAUUUCAGUCGGUGUUUGAUAGAAGCUCUUGGCAAAGACCACCAGGACGCGCUCGCCAGAGCAAUCUCAGCUACUGCUGGCAAUGCGCAGCAAACAUCUGACAUUGUGCGGGACGAGGCCCCACCCCCUUGCCUUUUCCAUCAUCUUCAGUCUCUCUGGCUUCAAACCUUCAUCCAUGAAGGUGGAGAUGAUGUGCAUGAGCAGUUGGCAAAGCCUGACUGCAAAAUGAUUCUCAGCAGGGGAGCUGACAUGCCACCGGACCACUUGCUUGCACAUCGCUUCCUCCUAGCAGCACGCUCCAAGUACUACGCCUGCAUGCUCAGCACUCCUAUGAAGGAGUCUCAAACUGGUGAGCUGUCUAUAGGGGUUUCACCCGUUCCAAGUAUGGCAAGUGUCCGGGCGUUGCUGAAGUACCUCUACACUGGAAGCUUGGAGGUCAACGCAGACGGCCAAGAGCUGAACAACACUGACUUACUGGACAUGCUCUCUGUCGUUGAUGGCCCUGGUGGCCAGAACUACUUGCAGCUCGCUCGGGAGGUGUGCGACCUGCUGCGAAAUCGGCUAUCUGAGCACAUUAAGGCAAACCUUCGGCAGGACAAUAUGUGGAUGGUCCUUCGGAGGGCAACGGCACAGCGCAACGAGGCCAUCCGGAAGGAGGCCCUGAUGGCCGUUUUUAGACGUUGUCAAGAGCUUUCGCGAGAUGAGGUACUGUUUCAGUGCUGGGGUGACUGUACCUUGUUAUCCACGGAAGACUGGUGGACUCCGCGUAUGGAAAACGAGUUGCUCAGAGAUAUGCUCAGGUUCAGCUGUACUGCCAGCUCCAAAACUGAAUAUCAUGACGAGUGGGAGCUAGAGGUUUCCCACCCAGCCCCAGAGGGCUUGGACAAUGUCUUUAACCAGCGCGGCAACAAGCAUCUCUUGCAAGAGUGGGCAGACCGUGGUUCUGCCUGCCGGCGCCGUGGUAGUAUCAUUGCCAAGUUUGCUAACCCCGUCCACGUGGACUUCGUCAGUGUCGCCCCUCUUGACGGAUGGGGCAGUGAUUACCUGAAAAACGCCAAGCUCCAUGUUAAGAAUGCUGACGGGAUCUGGGAGCGCGUUGCAACAGCUUCAGGGCGUGUUGAGCAGAUCCCUGUGUAUAGAAGGGGCAAGACAUGGCGUUUGCAUGGAGACGAGGUUGCCACUUCGGUUUUCAAGUUCCGAAAAGAGCCAGCGAGGCCUUGCAGUGAAUUCGAACAUACUGAGAAGGCAAGGUGCAGGGGAUCCGAUGGCACGUUCAAAUACGUCUACUUCAAGUUUCCGCUAGCUGUCCAUGUAGAUGACGUGACAGUGCCAGCUGAUCCUGUGUUAUCGCGGACGCAACUCCAGGUCAAGAAUGCAGAUGGUCAAUGGGAAGAUGUCGGGGCACAGUUGACUGGACGAAGCCAACUUGUUUGGGUCAACAGGGAUGGGAGGUUCUGGCGCUUGCGCAACUUCUCUGGCUUGACAACAUGGGAAGCCAACAUCUUCACCUUCACGUCCAAAUAA